CCCUGUGUCAUGAUCACGCUGAUUCAAGAUGUCGUCUGCACCAAGUUCUGCUGAACUUCUUCAUGUCGGAGGCGAAAGAACCUCUGGGCAGAAUAUAAGAAACCAAAAUGUUACCGCAGUAACAGCGAUUGCAAAUAUCGUCAAAAGUUCUCUUGGUCCUGUUGGACUUGACAAGAUGUUGGUUGAUGACAUUGGGGAUGUUACCAUUACCAAUGAUGGAGCCACCAUACUCAAGCUACUAGAGGUUGAACAUCCAGCGGCUAAGAUUCUCUGUGAACUUGCUGAUUUACAAGACCAGGAAGUUGGUGAUGGAACAACAUCUGUAGUCAUACUUGCUGCUGAAUUAUUAAAGGGUGCAAAUGAACUUGUAGCACAGAAAAUACAUCCUACAUCUAUUAUUAGUGGAUACAGACUAGCCUGCAAGGAGGCUUGUAAAUACAUCCAAGAACAUUUAACAAUAAAUGUAGAUGAGCUUGGUAGAGAUUGUAUUGUCAAUGCAGCCAAAACAUCUCUAUCUUCCAAGCUAAUCAAUCAACAGUCAGAGUUCUUUGCUAAUAUGAUAGUGGAUGCAGUAACUGCAGUAAAAAGAACAGGAAAUAAAGGAGAAGCUAAGUAUCCUAUAAAAGGAAUUAAUAUACUCAAGGCACAUGGUGGAAGUACUAAAGAAAGUAUCCAUGURGAUGGAUAUGCUUUGAAUUGUACCAUUGCCUCACAAGCAAUGCCAAAAAGAAUAGUGAAUGCUAAAAUAGCUUGUCUAGACUUCUCGCUUCAAAAAGCUAAAAUGCAUUUAGGAGUGAGUGUUGUGGUYGAUGAUCCAGAGAAACUUGAAGCAAUACGAGAGAGAGAGUCUGGUAUAACCAAGGAUAGAAUCCACAAGAUUUUAUCUGCUGGAGCGAAUGUUGUGUUAGUUACUGGUGGUAUAGAUGACCUGUGUUUGAAAUAUUUUGUUGAAAGUGGUGCAAUGGGUGUACGACGUGUAAAAAAGGCAGAUUUAAAAAGAAUAGCUAGAGCUACUGGUGCAACCAUGGUGUUAUCACUUGCAAAUCUUGAGGGAGAAGAGAGCUUUGAUGCUAGCAUGUUAGGCUCUGCUGAUGAAGUACGACAAGACAGAAUCUGUGAUGAUGAACUUAUCAUAAUUAAAGGAACAAAGGCAAGAUCAUCUGCAUCAAUCAUUCUACGUGGUGCUAAUGACUUAAUGCUUGAUGAAAUGGAACGCUCGCUGCAUGAUGCGAUUUGUGUGGUAAAACGGGUGUUGGAAUCCAAAACUCUGGUACCUGGUGGUGGAGCAGUAGAGGCUGCUUUGUCAAUUUAUCUGGAAAAUUUUGCUACGUCCUUAGGAUCAAGAGAACAGUUGGCCAUUGCUGAGUUUGCACACUCAUUACUAGUAAUACCAAAGAUUCUUGCUGUAAAUGCUGCUCAGGACUCUGCAGACUUAGUAGCAAAACUUAGAGCUUUUCAUAAUACAUCACAAAUCAAUGCAGAAAGGUCACAUCUCAAGUGGAUUGGCCUUGGUCUUSAGGAUGGCACUGUUAGAGACAACAAAAAAGCUGGUGUUUUAGAACCUGGUAUUUGCAAGAUAAAGUGCUUAAAGUUUGCUACUGAAGCAGCCAUUACCAUUCUACGCAUUGAUGAUAUGAUCAAGCUUGCACCUGAGAAAAAGGAAGAAAGUGGCUAUCAACAGGCCUACCAGUCUGGCCAAUUAGGAUGAUGAAAACAUUAUUCACAUUAAUAUUCUAGCAUUUUAGUGUUCAUGCUCAAUACACAGAUGUGAUAUCUGCCAAGAAUUUAUUUAAUGCCAGCAUCAGUUUGUUGUGUGCAUAAAUUAAAGUUUGACCAGCAAUGAUUGAUUUGAUUCCAAUAAUAAUAAAUGUGUUUGAUUUUGAA